GAUAGGAGGGGGUCACAAAGGGCGAGCGAGCUGAAGUUUGUGUGUGUGUGUGUGUGUGAGAGUCUCUCUCUCUCUCUCCGAGUGUGUGUAUGUGUUAGAGAGAGAGAGAGAGCAUGCUCACAACGGGUGACACAGGGAAAAAUACAGAAGAUACAGCAAAAGAGUGACUAGGUGAGGACAAGAAAGGGAAUAAGACACAGUUUAGAGCAUCACACUGGAUAUCCCCGUCUGCUGCUGCUGCUUCACAUGAUCACUCAGUGUGUUUCUCACCAUAAAAAGACCCUCAGAGAGGUGAGUGUGUGUUCAGGACUUGGCGGUGUGUGACCGGAGCUGUGCGUGAUGCUGAUCAGCAGAAGAACUCAUCUCUCUCCUAGCCCUUUGCUCUCCCCAGCCCAUGUAACCUAGUGUGGCCUAGGAGGCCCGUGGGAUUGUCCCAUGAAUCCAAGCCCAGACCGCAGCAAGGAAUGUCUCCCCCCAAAAAAGAGGGAGUCCCGACAGGGCUCGGCAGAUCAGCCAGCCGCAGAGGAUGACUUCAAACCCCCUGCACCUUUCCGGAGCCGGAGGCCACAUCAGGCCGCCGAAGGUCCCAGAGAGGGUGGAGAUCUGCUGCCCCCUGUCCCGCUGCCGCUGCCUUGGCCGGUGUCCUACACCCCCUCCAUCCAUCCUCACACAUACCUGCCCCUGCAGCUGGGGGAGCGGCGCGGGUCCUGGAGAGACGCGCUGUGUGGACGGGCGGUGGACGGCGGACUGGAGCAGAGCGUUCCUCAGCACUCUCGCUGGCUCAGCAGCGACAUCCCUCACAUUAGCAUGCAGCCGCUCCUCUCUGUGCCCACAUUUAAGAGCGUCUACAGUGGGGAUUCCAGGGAGAUGUGGUCCUGUGGCCUCGGUCGGCCAGACUACAGCUCAUCUCUGUUCUCCCCCCAUGUCUUCCCACAGCCUGCCGUUUAUCCGCCCGACAGCCUCCCCGACAGCAGACUCAGGUACCAGAGUAGGCGGCACAACGGCAUUGAUGGCCAAGACAGCAAGUCUGGGUUCAGCAGAAGGGCGCCCUCCUGCGACGACUAUGGGAAUGACAGUGUCAGCAGGUUAGAUGCUCCACAUGCCAAUGGCAGAAGAAGACAGGAGAACACAAGCAGACAGACCCCUGAGAAGCGCCUUCUGCCACAAGUGAGUACAAGUGCACAUUCCUCACCGUGGGACAGGGACCCUCGGGGAACGCCCAAAGCUCCAAUGCCCCCUUUACCUGACACAAAGGCAGGGAAGGCCAUCACUUCUCAGGACCAUUUUGGUGGUAGUGCCUCUCCGGCCGGAGCUCAGAUCUAUUAUACUCUGGGGUCUCUUUGCCCUUCUGCUCAGCAGAACCCUCAAGUGUUCCCACAGCCGAGUUCUCCCGUGUCCUGCUCCGCAAGGAACUCCCAGAACCAACACAACAGCCAUGGUGUAGAGACAGACUGGAGUUCCCCAGCAGGACCCUGCCGCCCUCCCCUUGCUGUGCUCAUGGGUCCAGACCCUCCACCUUCUGCAGUCCUACCUCAUUUUGCCAAAGGUUCCCUGAUUGAACUAGCUGGUGGCCAUCUGAAAAGGGUGGAGGAGCUGAAGACAGAGGACUUUUUGCGCAGUGCUGACACCUUGCCGGAGUUUCACCUGAGCUCCUGCACUAUUCUGUUGAUCUCACCAGGACCCUCUUACGGAUUCAACCACUUGCAGGUCUUGCUCACAGACCGUAACACUCAGGAGCUUCUGACGGUGUUAUCGGAGUACCCGUUCUUCGUGCGGGACCGCGGCUGGUCGUCCUGCAGUCCCCAGCGGAGCGCGCAACUGUACGGCCUGCAGUGUCGGCAGCUCAGCACAGGAGACGUGUGUCUGGCCCUGACCCCUACACCCACACACAAACCCAAACCCGCCAGCAGCGAGAGCCGGGGCCCGCCGGGGGGCAGCAGAGAGCCUCCAUCCGGCCCCGAACUUCAGAACGCACACCGGCCCCGCAAGAGACGCUGGUCGGCCCCUGAGCUGGAGCCCGGAGCCCAGACAAACACACACAGCCCUUUACCUCAGCACUCCCACACACACCACUGAUGAUCUGACACGCUUCACCUGCUUUAGUUAUAGCAGUGCUCCCCACCCUGUUCCUGGAGGCACACCAACAGGACAUAUUUUGGAUGUCUCCCUUAACUUCAGGUUUUGAGGUGUCUUCUAAUGUUCUGAUGAGCUGAUUCAGGUGUGUUUGAUUAGGGAGAGGUUGAAAAAGUCAACCCAGGCUCAAUCUAAUUAUGUACCCCUAUAUACAAUUCUGGAGAGCGCCAAAUACGUACAGGAGCUACUUUUUUUGUGCUGUUUUUGUUUUCGUGAAUCCACCAGAGGUCGCUGUGUACGCUUUUUCAGAUCUCAAAUUUCUCUCGCGAGUGCAAUUUAUGCCUGCUGUUCUCACGUAAAUCCACCAGAGGCCACUGUCGACUCUCCUUCCCUAAACUCAACUGAUAUUUUCCAGCAGCACUGAUUGACCAGGGGUCCGUUCUUCGUACGUGGAUUACUCAAUUUGCUGGAUUUGGUUAUUGACGAUUUGACAGGAUCCAGGAUAGUUUCGUUCUUCAAAACUCAUCCCAGAGUUGUUGUCAUAGUAACAGUUCUGGUAGCUCAAACCUGCUCGGGAGCAGCAGCUUAUUUCAUAUAAACAGGAUUAGAUUGGGUCAGUACCAAAUGCUGAUAUUUUCUUACAGAAGUAACCUAUAGAGUAUAUACACUGAGGAAAAUAGUAAAAUAGUUAAAAAAAAUUAUAAUUUAUAAUAAUUAUUAAUAUUUAUGUUUAUAUACAUAUAACUAAAAUAUAUAUAAAUAUAUAUAACCUAGUAAAUAAAAAUACAAAAACGGGAUGGUUCUCCGCAAGGGGAUCAAAGAGAACAUUUAUUAUUAUGGAUUUUUUAGAUACAAAUGCGAACUAUUUUAAGGUACCGAUCCAGCUUUAGUACAAUUGCAAAAGUUGCAGAUGCCUUUACUGAUUUCAAAAUGCUGAUGCAAAAUUAUUUUAAAUUCCUUACACAGAUUAAGAAACUAAAAUAGGCCUAUAGGCUACUAUAGUGAAGAAAAUCCGAUUUAAAAUGUAAAACUGAAUAAAUUGGGAAACACUCUUGACAGAUGAAAGUGUAAAGCCUGCAGCCCAUAGUCAAGGUGUAAAGUUAUUGCAUAUCAUAUUUAAACUGUUUACUACUAAUUUAAUGUAAUUUUGCUCACAUGGAUAAUUGAAUAUUAAUCAGAUGAUGAUGUCAUUACACUGCUGUGCUGUCAGCCAAUCGUUGCCAUGCUGAUCAUGAUUUCGGGGAUCGAUAGAUCUGUCCUUCACAACACACGCAGCGAUCUCAGAUCAGUUCAUUCAGACAUUUUAAUCUGAUUCGCAAACCAAAUUAGCCAGAGAUCAGUCAUCAAGAUUAACAGAUCCGGGAUCUGCUGAAUCAUCUUAGAUCAUUUAAGCGAGGUACAAAGGACAGACCCCUUAUCACCCCCUUCCCUAAACCCAACCGACAGUGUUUUCAAAAGCAAUCCAGAAAAAGAAAAGCCCUGGCCUGAUUUUUACCAUGUUUUCAGAUUUUACCACAUUCUCACCCUGUUAUUUACUUGUUUAUUUUAUUUUUUGGCUUUUGUUUUUGUCUUGCCUGCUUUCUGGAUCCGUUCUUCACCGGACUCAAACCCCGCCAUUGCGUUCAACUUGUCUCUGCAUCUUAAGUCCACCAAUAUACGUGGUGAGCCAAUGGACAAACUGGUUACAGCGGGAAAGCCGUCCAUAUAGAGGUAAGCGGUCAGCUGGUAGCAUGAAAAGGAACGACAUCAUACCGCCCCGUAGACAAAAUGCAGCCAUAUAUACCUCUGGCUACCGAAUUCGCGAUCUCCAGAAAUGUAUAAUGUGUCUAAAGUCUGCCGACGACAGUUAACUGGACAAACUUUUAACAGUGGGAAAGUCAUCCAUACAACAGUCAACUGCUAGCAUGAAAAGGAACAGCGUCAUACCACCCCCUAGUGUUCAUUUUAAAGACAAAAUGCAGCCAUAUAUAUCUCUGGAUACAUAAUUCGCGAUCUCCAGAAAUGUAUACAGGGGUACAUUUUCAGAAUGAGCCUAUAUUGCAAAAUGUGUACUGUUGGUGUGCCUUCAGGAGUUACAGGACACCUCAAAGAUACCACGGUACAGUUAGUCAGCAGAAACUCUCUUAUUAAAUGUCAAAAUGUAGAACGACAUAUGCUAGCAAAUCCCAAAAUGAAAACAAAUAUGAGACAAUCAACACUCACAUGUCUGUGAUGCCACGCACCUCUUAGUGAUGCUAAUCUCAAGCCUUUUUCUGCAGGGUAUGUCUUUUUAAUCAGUAUUAUCAGAAACCAAUACUACUGGGUGAAAACACAUGUACUCCACUGUACGAGAAUAUAUCAACAUGAGUGUUCUGUGAAUAUGCUAAAUGAAAUAGUCACUGUUAUUUUCGUAAUGGCAGUCUUGUUUCAUGCUUAUGAACUGCGUUUGUACCUUCGGUCCAGCAGGCGAGCUGAAUGUAUUAGCAGCCUUCAGCCGAGCUCUCCGUGUGGGGUCAACAUGCUAGUUUACAUUAGCAUUACACUCAGCCUGUUCUCAGCCAGGGAAGAGACACUAAAGAUGGAACAAAACCAAACUCUCUCACUCUCUCUAUUUCAAUUUCUCUCUCUCUCUCUUUCUGUCUCACACACACACACACACACACACAGGAUCCUGAACCUGGUGUCUUUGAAGAGCGAUGGUGCUAAUCACACAUCAGAAAAGAAAAGUGGGGUUUCCUUCGGUGUUUCCUUCUGUCGGAGAGCAGGGGGAUUAAAAAAUGAAGACAAAUCUCGGGUUUUGAACUCAGAUACGGGUAUAUCUACUCUUGAUUAAGCACACUCUAUCACUUUAUUUUCUCUGAUUUAUUUUUGUGUCGUUGUGGUUUCUCAAAUAACAAUUGCUGUUAGUUUUUUGUUGUUGUUGUUUUCUUUAUAAAUGUUCUAAAUGCUCUAAAGUUGUAUAUUUUUAAAGUUGUGAGACUGUAAUACAAU